UUGAGCUUCUAGAGCAGGAGCGGGGAUGUCUUACCUUGCAAAGAAGUGUGGCAUCCAAUUACAGCCUCCGUCGAUUAUUUUGAUCUAUGAAGAUCAACUCAAGAGGAAGGUGCGCAAGCGCAUCAUGCCGAUCCGGAAUUUCUCCAAGUUCUCAGACUGCAGUAGGGCGGCAGAACAGUUAAAGAAUAACCCUCGGCACAAGGCUUAUUUGGGAGGGGUCUCACUGGAACAACUACAAAAAUUACACCGUUUGCUGAGAUGCCACUUGGGGGGACAAAGUUUGGAUCAGAGUUUGGAGCAAAUUCAGCGGGAAGAAACAAUUGAUCCAGAGGAAGAUCUGAACAAACUAGAUGACAAGGAGCUAGCUAAAAGGAAAAGAAUUAUGGAUGAGCUGUUUGAAAAGAACAGGAAAAAGAAAGAUGAUCCUGAUUUUGUCUACAAUGUAGAGGUGGAGUUCCCACAGGAUGAGGAGCUUGAAGCCUGUGAAUGGGAUACAGAAUCAGAUGAGUUUUGAUCCAGAACCAAGCUUUCAACUCAUGGGGUCUGCUCACACAGGGAAGAUUGCCUGCUUGAAACAUGCCCCCUCAUGGUUUUGCAACAAAACUUGACUAAUCUUGUUGGUGAGGUGCUGCAUUUUGUACUAUCAGUUUGAAUGAAGGC